CUGUGCCUCGCACUGUAUUUUGCUGCUCGCAGAUCACCUGCUGUGGUCAGGAAGUGCAUUUGCGAGUUGAGACUGAAUUCAAACUUUUCUAAAGACUUCAAAGAUGGUGCGCACUUGUGUUUUUCCGGGCUGCCAUAACAAACAAGUGCCCAGGUCACCCUAUACAUUUCACCGUGUGCCGUUGAUUGAUAUUGACCUCAGACAGCUGUGGCUAGCUGCACUGAAUAUGGACACCAGCACACCACCAGCACGGUUGCGAUAUCUUCGCGUUUGCAGUGUUCAUUUUUCUGAAGAGGAUUAUGUACAUCCACCGCCACAUAAACAACUGCUGAAUAGCACUGCUGUCCCCCGCCGUCAGGGAUGUACUUCUCAAAGCACAACAGAAGAAGUAAAUGAAGAGCAGCAAAUGUUUUCUGGGGUCCUACAAUCCACCCCAAAAGAGGCUCCAGUAAAGAGCCAUCAGGCCUCCACAUCAGCAUCACAACUGAAGCUUGUUGUAACCAGCCCUGAACAGCCCCUCCCUCAAGAAAGACCUUCAACCUCGGGAGCAUACCUUGCCUUUCCUCCUGUUAGAAUGGAGGUGGAUGGCUGGGACCCCGGUCUGGAGGAAGAGCUUGGCAUUUCUCUGGACGAGCUGAGGAAGUGGAUUGAGGAGGCUGUGGAGAAGAGCGAGAUCGUGCAGAAGAAAAAGGCCCAGCUGACAGAGCUCAAGCAAUGGGUGGAGCAGAAAGAAGAAGAAGAGGCAAAGACAGAGAAGCUUCUCAAUGAUGCCAACCAGUCCAUACUCGAGUGUGAGAAACUGGUGAAGGCAACAUAUCACAGGAACGGUCUCGUUUACCGUGAGAGCAGCUCAGAGGAUGAAGCCGGCGGAGGAGGCUUGCUGUCCUCUGAGGUCAUUGAGAUAGACGAUGACGACGAUGACGAUGUCAUCGCUGUUGGCUGUUUGGUUCCUCCAAAGAAGUCUGUCGCUCUUGGCAAAGAUCCAGUGGUAAAAGAGGCCUCUGCAGCUAUCCAGAAAACUUCCCAGCAGGUGCAGAAGUUGGUCCAAAUGGUCAGCAAGCCUUCACCUGGUGCUCCUUUGCUACGAUCUCCAACACAGCCUCCAUCCCAGUCAGGUAUUCAGGGUUCAGUGCCGGCAGUGUUUGUAUCCCAAGUCCCAUCACAGUCUAUGACCCAGCCAAACCCAAACGUGAAAGAAGAUGAGCUCAGAGUCGGGAUGAACAUUCUGGGAAAGAAACGCACCAAGACCUGGCACAGAGGCACCCUGGUUGCUAUCAGUCCUGUCGGAAACGGUGUAUUCAAGUAUAAAGUGAAGUUUGAUAAAGGAAAGAGUCUGCUGUCUGGAAAUCACGUGGCUUUCGAUUAUAACCCGACCCUGGAGAUUCUUUAUGUCGGGGCUCGUGUAGUCGCCAAGUACAAGGACGGCAACCUGGUGUGGCUCUACGCUGGAAUAGUAGCAGAGAUGCCCAACAACAAGAACCGUAUGAGGUUUUUGAUCUUCUUUGAUGAUGGCUAUGCUUCAUAUGUGACAUUACCUGAGCUCUUCCCAGUUUGUCGUCCAUUAAAGCGUACCUGGGAGGACAUAGAGGAUGCAUCGUGUCGAGACUUCAUCGAGGAGUACAUCACUGCCUAUCCCAGCAGGCCUAUGGUGCUCCUAAAGGUUGGACAGAUCAUCAAGACAGAGUGGGAGGGAACCUGGUGGAAGAGCAAAGUGGAGGAGGUGGAUGGAAGCUUGGUCAAGAUCCUCUUUUUGGAUGAUAAAAGGAGUGAGUGGAUCUACAGAGGCUCCACCAGGCUAGAGCCAAUGUUCAACCUGAAGAUGACCACCGCCAACACCGCGGAGAAGAAGCUGGCUGGACAGCAGAGGACACGACCUAACAUGGGAGCAUUGAGGAGUAAAGGUCCAGUAGUUCAAUACACCAGUGAUGGACAUGUUGGAGCAUCUCCCGUCAAAACGCCGCAGGCCUCACCUAGUCAGCCUUCACCAACACCACAACAUCCACAACAUCCACAGCGUCCACAGACCCAACAGACCCCUCAGCCCCUGCAGCCCCUGCAGCCUCUGCAGCCUCUGCAGCCCCUGCAGCCCCCACAGCGUGUUGACAAUAAACAUCAGAUGGCGAAGAAGAGUACUUCUCCGUUUGUCCCUGGGGUGGGAGGCACUCAUGCUUCCAAAAUCAUGCAGUCUCUUCCCUCCAGUCCCAGCAACCUCCCGAGUGGAAGAAUGUUGAGUGCCCCAAAUACACCCACUUUCACACAGCCGUUUCAGAGACCGCCUCUGGUUACCGCCCCCACUCCCGUCACCCUCCCCCCUGCUAUCACCCACCCGAUGGCCACCAUCCCACAUCAGCCUGCUUACCGUGCCCCGACGGACCGGAUCUUUUACCUGGCACACACCUGUCAGCCCGCCUGUCUGAAUCGAGUCCGGCCUGCAAAUUCAGACUUGCACCGAGGAAAGAACCCCCUUCUCACACCUUUACUGUACGAUUUCAGACGCAUGACGGGAAGACGCAAAGUCAACCGCAAGAUGUCCUUCCAUGUGAUCUACAAGGCUCCGUGUGGGCUUUGCCUGCGUAACAUGGCAGAAAUCCAGCACUACCUUUUCCAGACGCGCUGCGACUUUAUAUUCUUAGAGAUGUUCUGCCUGGAUCCCUACGUGCUUGUGGACCGGCCCUUCCAGCCACAGAGGCCAUUCUAUUACAUUCAUGACAUCACUGGGGGAAAGGAGGACAUCCCACUGUCCUGCGUCAACGAGAUCGAUUCCACCCCGCCUCCUAAAGUAGCUUACAGUAAAGAACGUAUUCCUGAAGAUGGAGUAUCCAUCAACACCAGUUCAGACUUCCUGGUUGGGUGUGAAUGCACUGACGGCUGUCGAGACAAGUCCAAAUGCUCUUGCCACCAGCUGACCCUUCAGGCUACAGGUUGUACACCAGGGGCACAGAUCAACCCAAAUGCUGGAUAUUUACACAAACGAUUAGAGGAGUGCCUCCCCACAGGGAUCUACGAAUGUAAUAAGCGGUGCAAAUGCUGCUCUCACAUGUGCACCAACCGGCUGGUGCAGCACGGCUUGCAGGUUCGUCUCCAGCUCUUCAAGACCCAGAACAAAGGCUGGGGCAUCCGCUGUCUGGAUGACGUGGCCAAGGGCUCUUUUGUCUGCAUCUAUGCUGGUAAAAUCCUGACAGAUGACUUUGCUGACAAAGAAGGUCUAGAGAUGGGUGACGAGUAUUUCGCUAACCUGGAUCACAUAGAGAGUGUGGAGAACUUCAAGGAGGGCUAUGAGAGCGAGGCUCACUGUUCAGACAGCGAGGGGAGCGGCGUGGACGUCUCCAGGAUAAAAAUCCAACCGUCUGCCUUGGUGUCUUCUAACCCUGUUGGGCGACCGCCUAAGAAGGGUGAGUCCAACUCAAAAGCCCGAAGUCCAAGCUCAUCUGAAGACAGCAAUGAUGACGAUGACAAAGAUUCAAAGAGCGAAGAUGAAAGUGACAGUUCAGACGACACUUUUGUGAAGGACAACUACUACACGUCCAGCUCCGUGUGGAGGAGCUACACCACACGUGGUCAGGUCAAGGUCAACAAGGAAGGGAGUCAAGACAGUAAAGAUGGAUUGAGUGCAUCAGCCAAAGGAACAGAUGAUGAAAAGCCACCGUCCAUGCCUGAAGAGACGGGGAAAAGCAAAGUGGCUUCCUGGCUAACCAGCCAGGGUCUGAAGAAGGAAUCCGGAGACUGCAAGACUCAAGUGAAAUCAGAAACGGGAAAGAAGCAGGAUGUGAUGACUCUGUCUGACAGUGAUGAUGUUCAGACCAUCAGCUCUGGAUCUGAUGACAACAAGGAGAAAGAAAAAGUCACCCCAGGUGUGACUAAGAAACAAGUGGCAGUGAAAUCAACUCGAGGCAUCGCCCUGAAGGGCAGCCAUGGGAUGAUGGUAAAAUCAGGUGCACCUGGAGGCGGGGGAGGGACGGGAGGCCAUGGAGGAAAAACAGGACAGCAGGUGUCGACUGGAGGAGGCGGGGAAAACGUUUCCAAAAACACCCGCCUGUUCUUUGAUGGCGAGGAGUCCUGCUACAUCAUUGAUGCCAAGUUGGAAGGAAACCUUGGACGUUACCUCAAUCACAGCUGUAGUCCAAACCUAUUUGUCCAGAAUGUGUUUGUGGACACACAUGACUUACGGUUUCCCUGGGUGGCGUUCUUUGCCAGCAAGCGAAUCCGGGCCGGCACAGAGCUGACCUGGGACUACAACUAUGAGGUAGGCAGUGUGGAGGGGAAGGUGCUGCUCUGCUGCUGUGGAUCCACCGAGUGCAGAGGAAGACUGUUGUGAUCUGCAGCCCUCAUCGACUUCAUUCCCUCUGUUGUAUUUGUAGGAAUCUUAGGAAAGCUCUUUCAACACUGUAACUCUGCUGUGUUUUGUUUUGUUUUGUUAGUUUUUUAAGUUGAAUAUGAAUUUUAUUACAGCUGUUUUGUUGCUUUUAUUUUAUAUGACCGUGUUUUCUGAUUUGUCUCAUUCUAUCCAUAACAUUUCUUAACAUCUGAAUAAAAUACAGUUUUCUUUAAUGA